CGGGCCAGCCUAGAAGAAUCCAUAAUAGCAAUGACUCCCAGACCUUAAAUCUUCUUUCAACCAACAUUUUUAUAGAUACAUGCUCAUGAUGACUGUGACUGAAGCACUGUUAUAUAUGAGGAUCUUAUUCCUAACACAAUUUUUUGGAAUUUUUCUAUCUUUUCCUGGACUCACCCAGGCUGGACAUCAGCACUACCACAGUCCCACAGAAGUAGUGAUUCCGUUGAAGGUAACUGGGAAAGCCAGAGGCAUAAAAUCUCCAAAUUGGAUAUCCUACAGCUUGAAACUUGGAGGCCAGAGACAUAUUAUCCACAUGAAGAUCAACAAAUUUUUUGUAGCCAGGAACCUCCCAAUGUUCACCUACUCUGACCAGGGUUAUCUGCUUGAAGAUUACCCUUUUGUACAAGAUGAUUGCUACUAUCAUGGUUAUGUGGAGGGGGACCCAGAAUCCUUAGUUUCCCUCAGCACUUGUUUUGGGGGCUUUCAAGGACUAUUAGAGAUAAAUCACAAAGUUUAUGAAAUUAUGCCCAAGAAGUUUUCUACCAAAUUUGAACAUCUGGUCUAUAAAAUGGAUAGUAAUAAAACAGAAUCAAACACUUCCAGCCUUAUGAAAGAUAAUAUAACAUGCCAAGUGGAGUUACAAAAAACUGGUAACCCCACUCUCAAGCAAAGUAACUUUAAAGGCUGGUGGACCCACAUUAGAAUUGUUGAAUUAGUAGUGGUGGUGGAUAAGACUCUAUAUGAACACUAUAAAAGUAACGACACAACCAUGAUGUCAGAUCUAUACGCUGUGAUCAAUAUGGUGGAUAACAUUUAUGAUGUAAUUGGUAUUAGAAUAUUAUUGGUUGGUUUGGAGGUUUGGAAUAAGAAAAACUUUAUUGUAAUCGAUGAUGUAAGAAAAUCUCUUAACCUGUAUUGCCAGUGGAAAGCUGGAAACCUUGUUCAUCGACUAAAACAUGAUACCACACAUCUUUUCAUAUACAGGCACUUGAGAGGAUUAAGUGGCAUAGGCUCAACAAGUGGGAUGUGUGAUCCAAACCGUAGUUGUGCAAUUGUGACUUUCAUAAACAGAACUUUAAACCUUCGUGCCCUUGGAGUGUCUCAUCACUUAGGCCAUAAUUUGGGCAUGAACCAUGACGAAUAUACAUGUAAGUGUGGAUACAGCAAGUGCAUAAUGCAUAUUAGUAACCCCCCAAUACCCAAAUUUAGCAACUGUAGUUACAAUUCUUUUUGGAAUUACUCUGUACGGAAAGCAAAUUGUUUGAUGGAAAACAUGUACACCAAGGAUAUCUUUGAUCUGUCGUACUGCGGAAAUGGUAUUGUUGAAAACGAUGAGCAGUGUGACUGUGGGUCUUUACGGCGUUGUGCAAAAGAUCUCUGUUGUAUGUCAAACUGCACUCUGAGUUUGGGAUCUUCUUGUGCCUUUGGGCUUUGCUGUAAAAACUGCCAAUUUUUACCAUCCGGAGAGUUGUGUAGAAAAGAGGCUAACAUUUGUGAUCUUCCAGAGUGGUGCAAUGGAACAUCCCAUAAGUGUCCAGAUGAUGUCUAUGUAGAAGAUGGAAUUCCCUGUAAUGUCUCUGCCUAUUGCUACGAAAAGCAAUGCAAUGACCGUAACGAAUACUGUAGGAAGAUUUUUGGCCAGCAUGCGAAGGCUGCAAAUACAAAUUGCUACAAAGAAGUACACUCCAAAGGGGAUCGUUUUGGCCACUGUGGUCUUCAAGGACCUGGGUACAUAAAGUGUGAAAACGAUGAUGCCCUCUGUGGAAGACUUCAAUGUGAUAAUGUGUCAGAAAUUCCCAAGAUGAAAGCUCACAGCACUGUGCACUUUGCUGUUGUCAAAGGCUUGUCUUGCUGGGGCACCGACUACCACCGUGGGACACGUCUAGAUGACAUUGGUGAUGUGAAAGAUGGCACAGAGUGUGGUCAAGAUCAUAUCUGCAUCCGUAGGCAUUGUGUGCAUAUAUCUGCGUUAGACAGCAACUGUUCACCUACAUUCUGUCAUAAGAGGGGCAUCUGCAACAAUAAACAUCACUGCCACUGCAACUAUUUGUGGGAUCCCCCUAAUUGUGUGAUAAAGGGCUAUGGAGGUAGUAUAGACAGUGGCCCACCUCCCAAGAUAAAGAGGAAGAAAAAAAUUUGUUACCCAUGUCUGUUAAUACUUGCUAUUUUAUUU